AUCUGUAGCGCCGCUGCAAUUCUCAAAUUGCGGACUUCCUCCGUGACUAUAUUAUUACUGUAUUUCCAGCACGCCAGGCGUUCAUCUCGUUCGUUAAAUUUCGUCGAAGCUAAAAUAGAUCUCCCUGAAAAUUGAAUUUUCCAUCGCGAUUGACACAUCAAGCUGCCUCUCUCGCGCCCCGAUAGUGUGCUUCGUCCUUAACACCUUGUAUAGCUAUAGUUAUAGAGAGAGAGAGAGAGAGAGAGAGAGAGCCGAGCGUCUCGGAGAGCGGCCGUGCGUAAUUCUGAAACAAGUGGGAGAACCGAGAGGAGGCGCCUUCGAACCUGCGGAAUGCAGAGAGAGAGAGAGAGAGAGAGAGUCAGCUUCUCGAGGUGAUCGACGAAAGCGACCCACGCGCCAGUCCAGCGCACGCAGCCUCCAGGCGCGGUGGGCCAUCACUCAGUGUACGCGCGUUGCAGCGAAAAAUCUCGAGACUUUCGCUUUCCGAUCCUCUCUCAGUGGCUCGAUGCUGCACCGAUGACGCGAUAGAGCCUGCGCGCGCCAGUGUGUGUCAACUGCGUCUCCGAUGCUGCGGACCAGUGGUGCCAGUCUCUCGUGAGCAAGAGUCGCUACGCAGACUCAUACCAAUCUCUCUCUCUCUCUCUGUCUGGCUGUGUUUACCGCGCGCGCAAACAGGAUCCACAGCAUCAAGAUGUCGCGCAGCGAGCGGUUGCUGCUGCCGAUCGCGCUCCUGGCCCUGGCGGGCUCGGGCUGCUCCGAGCGCACGAGCGGCCUCUACGUGGACAACGGCUACGACCAGACGGUGGUGCACCGGGUGAUCACGCAGCGCGAGAAGCGCGAGGUCGAGCACGAGAUCCUGAACCUCCUCGGGCUGCCGGACCGUCCGCCCAAGCACAAGGCCAACUCGGCCGGGCCCCAGGUGAAGCGCUCGGCGCCCAAGUUCCUCCUGGACAUCUACAGGAACGGCCUGGCUGACGAGGAGUCGCGCGAACACCAGACCGAGUUCGGCCUCAGCGGGCAGGACCUUCGCGCCAUCGACCAGAGUGACGUCAUCAUGACAUUCGCCGCGCACAAUCACCACGUGCCGAGCGUCAGGCACGAGCGCGGCAAGAGGCUCUGGUUCGACGUGUCCGAGGUGCCGGAGAACGAGCACAUGAUCAACGCCGAGCUCCGGCUCUACCGCAGCCUGGACCAGGCCAAGUCGGCCAAGAACCGGGGCGCCUUCACGCUCACGGCCUACCGGGUCCUCAGGCUCGAGGACGGCGAGCGCGAGCUCCAGUACAUCGACGCGGUCAACGCCACGGCCGGCCGCGAGGGCUGGCUCAGCUUGAACGUCAGCGAGGCCCUGCAGUACUGGGUGGCCAACCCGGCGGGCAACCGGGGCCUCUACCUCUCGGUGCACCCGGCCGACCGACAGGUGCACGAGAUGAAGCCCGAGGACAUCGGCGUCGUGGGCUUCCGCGGCGUCGCCGAGAGGCAGCCCUUCAUGGUGGCCUUCUUCAAGAGCUCGGGUAUCCGCAGUCGCGCCGCCGCGGCCAAGAGCAGGCAGAAGCGCGACGCCAAGCGCAAGAAGAAGGCCGAGAUAUCGAGCCUCGACUACCGGAGCAACCCCUACACCGACCCGCAGAUCCAGUACAACUCGAGGACCUGCAAGAUCCAGACGCUCUACGUGAGCUUCCGGGACCUCCAGUGGCAGGACUGGAUCAUCGCCCCGGACGGCUACGACGCCUACUACUGCAGCGGCGAGUGCAACUUUCCGCUGAACGCCCACAUGAACGCGACCAACCACGCCAUCGUGCAGACCCUCGUGCACCUGGUCAACCCGGGGAAGGUGCCCAAGCCCUGCUGCGCGCCGACGAAGCUCUCGCCGAUAUCCGUGCUGUACUUCCUCGACGAGAGCAACGUCAUCCUGAAAAAGUACAAGAACAUGGUGGUCAAGAGCUGCGGCUGUCACUAGCUGGAAUGACGUUCUUUAUGCCGAUCGAGAUGUGUAUGUGUGUGUAUAUAUACACACACACACACAUAUGAAUGUUUUUCCGACGUCGCGAAAAUUCUUUGUAGAGACCGAGUAAACGUAUGUUAUGUGAAUAUGAUAAGUUUUUUGCCAUGUUACAGUUUGGCUGCAGAUGUAGAUUUUUCACGAAACCGGUUCAAUAUAUUAUAACGACUCGCAUGCGUGAAUAAGAGUGAAAUUCCAAUGCGUUGACAGUUCUGCUUGUGUUGUUCGAACGAAAAUUAUAGACGAAUUCGUGACUACAUUUUUGAGCAUGAUUAUUUUUUACAUUUUAGGAAAGUAGGAUGAACUUAAUAAGUUUAAGGAAUAUUUGUAUAAUAUGCAAUAGUUGUGUAUUCUUAAGUAAACCAAUAUUAUUACUUA